CUACCAUAAACUGUUGGCUUAAACAGUGGCAGAAAGGGUAAAUAAUCUUGAAAGUAAUGGACAAUCUAGUAAUAAUAAAUACUAAAUCUGAUCUGUAACCUUUUUUCCCAAGAAAAAAUCUCAGCCACUCGAUCAAAUUUCGAUACCCUUUCUCAUCAUCACGUUCGUCUUCUCUUUUAAAUAGCCCAAAAGCCUCACCAAACCCUCACUCACUAUUAUCAUCACCUUUGAGCUCCUCCCUCGAUAUCAUCUACACAUCUCUCUCUCUCGUAUCUUUGAUUUCGGAAAUGGCUGACAAGAAGAUUAAGAUCGGAAUCAACGGUUUCGGAAGAAUCGGUCGUUUGGUCGCUAGAGUUAUCCUUCAGAGGAACGAUGUUGAGCUCGUCGCUGUUAACGAUCCGUUCAUCACCACCGAGUACAUGACAUACAUGUUCAAGUAUGACAGUGUUCACGGUCAGUGGAAGCACCAUGAGCUUAAGGUCAAGGACGAGAAGACUCUUCUCUUUGGUGAGAAGCCAGUCACUGUUUUCGGCUUGAGAAACCCUGAGGAAAUCCCAUGGGGUGCGGCUGGAGCUGACUUUGUUGUUGAGUCUACUGGUGUCUUCACUGACAAGGACAAGGCCGCUGCUCACUUGAAGGUUAUCAACGACAGGUUUGGAAUUGUUGAGGGACUCAUGACCACCGUCCACUCCAUCACCGCUACUCAGAAGACCGUUGAUGGUCCAUCGAUGAAGGACUGGAGAGGUGGAAGAGCCGCUUCGUUCAACAUCAUUCCCAGCAGCACCGGAGCCGCCAAGGCUGUUGGAAAGGUGCUUCCACAGCUCAACGGAAAGUUGACCGGAAUGUCCUUCCGUGUUCCCACCGUUGAUGUUUCAGUUGUUGACCUCACCGUUAGACUCGAGAAGGCUGCAACCUAUGACGAAAUCAAGAAGGCCAUCAAGGAGGAAUCUGAAGGCAAGCUAAAGGGAAUCCUUGGUUACACCGAGGAUGAUGUUGUUUCAACUGACUUCGUUGGCGACAGCAGGUCGAGCAUUUUUGACGCAAAGGCUGGAAUUGCAUUGAGUGACAACUUCGUGAAACUGGUGUCGUGGUAUGACAACGAAUGGGGUUACAGUACCCGUGUGGUUGACUUGAUCGUUCACAUGUCCAAGGCCUAAAUCUGAGAAGAAAAUCCCUUUUUAAUGGUGUUUUUAAUCUGUCGCUUUCUCUAAUAAAAUUUUUCUUGGGAUUUUAAACUCUUUAUCUUUUGGCUUUGGCCAAUCUCGUUCACGUGACGGGAGUUUGUAGACCGGUUUGUUUUUACUGAAGUCCCUUUAUGUUUGGCCUUUGAAUAUUUGAGUUCUCUUCUCUUCUUAACCCUGAAUCAAAAUCAAUGCCGAACUCUAAAAUAUUGUUCGUAAAUCACAAAUUAUCCUAUUAUUACUAGAUUCUGUAUUCCC